AUGGGUGGCUGUCUAACUCCAGACUUCGAAAGGGGCCCCCUACACUGUAUUUCCGCAGAUUUUACGCAGCAUGUUCAUGGCGAAGCUUAUGAGACUUCCAAAAUGUAUCGGGAUCUGAAGCUAAGAGGAGCUCUUAUUCAGAAUAAGCAGCUGAGGCUUCUGCCACAAGAGCAGGUUUAUGACAAAAUUAAUGGAGUCUGGAACCUGUCUAGUGAUCAGGGUAAUCUUGGAACGUUUUUCAUUACUAACGUGAGGAUAGUGUGGCAUGCCAACAUGAACGAGAGCUUCAAUGUCAGCAUUCCCUAUCUACAAAUUCGCUCCAUAAGGAUUAGAGACUCUAAAUUUGGACUAGCUCUUGUGAUUGAGAGCUCUCAACAGACAGGAGGAUAUGUGCUGGGUUUCAAGAUCGAUCCAAUGGACAAGUUACAAGAUGCAGUGAAGGAAAUCAACUCCUUACACAAAGUCUACUCUGCAAACCCCAUUUUUGGAGUGGAAUAUGAGAUGGAAGAGAAGCCUCAGCCUCUGGAGGAGCUGACCGUAGAGCAGCCGCCUGAUGACGUGGAGAUUGAGCCAGAUGAGCACACUGAUGCUUUUACCGCUUAUUUUGCAGAUGGAAAUAAGCAACAUGAUCGUGAGCCGGUGUUUUCUGAAGAGCUGGGUCUGGCUAUAGAGAAACUGAAGGAUGGAUUCACACUACAGGGACUCUGGGAAGUCAUGGGUUAAAAUACCCGAGCACUCUGUACAGUUACUGUAUGUAUUGCAUAGUUUGUUACAUUGUUUACAUCAAAUAUCAAGAAUUUUGUAAUUAGCUAAAUUUGCAUUUAUUUCCAGAAUAUUUAUUUGCUAUUUGACAAUUACAUAUGUUUACAAAUCAUAUUUUAACCAUGUGUAAGUUGAGAAAAAAAAAUAUCAAUGUAUGCAUAUAAAUAAAUACAAUUAUAUAGUGUAUGUAUAUUUGUACAUUAGGAACUGUAAGCUUGUUUUGUGUAGAGAACUUUACAAGCUAAUUUUGCUAUUGUGUUGUAAUAAAAGUAUGAGAGAAUGUGAAAUAGGA